UAUCGCACAUGGUACGUUCCUUCCUGUUUGAAGCUGGAAGCGGGAAGAAGAAGUAGCUGCCGAAAAAAGCCGGUUGUUGUUGUUGUUGUUGUUGUUUCACGGGGAAAAAGAAGCACCACAGGUGAUGGACAUGACCACGUGUCUGAAGUCCCUGCUGCUGGCUGUCCAGCAGUACAGAGACGGCCGGACGACGCACAACGCGGCGCAGCUCCAGAAGCUGGUGGAGGAGGUGUCGGCCCUCAAAUGUGACCAGCUGCUGUCCUCGGGUCAGGUUAUGCCCCGCGAGUGUGUGAGGGGGCUGGUGGAGCUGGCUGGAAACCCCAACACCAGCCCCACCCUGACGAGCUCCAUCGUCUCCCUGCUGUCGCAACUCGCCUGUGAUGAUGACGGUCUGGAGAUUCUGAACAGCAGAUACAACCUCACCAGCACCCUGGCGUCUGUCGUCCACUGCCACAGCGCCACACCGGAGGAGCCCCUGGUCCUGCAGUGUUUGCAGCUGCUGCAGAGACUGACUUACAACACUCGCGUCUUCCAGUCUACGAACUACAUCCACGAGCUCGUCGCUUUUCUCAUGACCACCAUCCAGUCUCACAAUGACGACAUCAUCGUGCCGUGCCUCGGCCUCAUGGUCAACCUGUGUCGGGACAACCGCUCCGUGCAGCGCCACAUCAAGUCUCUGGACCACGUGAAGCCUUUCUACCGAACUCUGAUCAACUUCCUGGCUCACAACAGUCUGACUGUGGUGGUCUUCACGCUGUCCAUCCUGGCCAGCCUCACUCUGAACGAGAAGGUUGGAGAGAAGCUUUUUGAUGCAAAGAACAUCCACCAAACUUUCCAGCUCGUGUUCAACAUCAUUGUGAACGGCGACGGCACGCUGACGCGGAAAUACUCUGUUGACCUUUUGGUUGACUUGUUGAAGAACCCAAAGAUAGCGGAAUACCUCACCAGGUAUCAGCACUUCUCGGCGUGUGUGUCUAAAGUUUUAGGACUCCUUCAAUCAAAGGACCCCGACUCUGCAGCGAAGGUGUUGGAGCUCCUGCUGGCCAUGUGCAGCGUCUCUGGUCUGCGUCCGCUGCUCUGCGAGGUCGUCUUCAGACCGGCGGCGGGACACAAACUCGGAGGGGCGGGCCGCAGCAGGCGGGGGGGCGGAGCGGACGACGGACGCAAGGCCGAGUCCGGGCUCGCCCUGGUGCAGUGGCUGAGCUCGCCCGUGGAGGGCGCUGAGUCCUGCUCGCUCCAGGCGCUGCAGCUGCUGAACGAGCUGCUGGAGGAGGCGCUGGGAGGCGAGGCCGUGUCCGAGUGCGUGCUGAGCUUCGUGGAGAUGUCGCUCCCCGUCCUGCUGGGGCUGCUGAGUGGCCUCGAUCCUGCACAGGGAGACGCUCACCUGAGGAAACACUGCCACCGCGUCGCACACGUCACCAGCCUGCUGCUCGUCCUGUGCACUGAGGACUCCACCAGGACCCUGGUGUCCCGUCAGGUGAGCGCUCAGCUCGGCCUCUCGCAGGUCGAGGCCCUCCUCUCCUGUUGCCACCCGUCUGGCUCGGACAACGACCUCGGUCAGCUGUGUGCGGACGCUCUGCUGAAGACUCUGGAGCUGAUGAGUAAACUGAGACAACAGGUGAAGGACAUGGAGACCAGCUUCUACAGGGUGCUACAGGACCAGAGGAUAGUGACCCCCCUCUCUUUGGCGCUGACAUCCCACCACAGAGAGCGCGUGCAGACCGGUCUGUCUCUGUUGAUGGAGGCCACGCCCCUCCCAGACUUCCCCUCCCUGGUUCUGGGAGAAAGUUUGGCCGCCAACAACGCCUAUCGCCAGAGGGAGGCCGAGCUGUCCGUCAAACGCAUUGCCGUGCAGGAAGUCCCGCCUUCCAGCAUCCUGGACUGCUCCAGUGGUUCCAGCAGGAGCGUCCACGGGCUGGUGGAUAAGAUGCAGAACGGCUUUGAGCUGCAGGAACACGUGAAGGACACACACAUGUCGCAGAUCAUCGACGUUUACGAACAGAAGCUCUCGGCAUUUGCGUCGAAGGAGAGUCGACUGCAGGACUUGUUGGAGGCGAAAGCUCUGGCUCUGUCUCAGGCCGACCGGCUCAUCGCUCAGUACCUCUUUGAACGAGCUCAAGCUGAAGCUGAGGCCUGUCAGCUGGGCAGCCUGCUGAAGGAGGCGGAGCGGCGCCGCGAGGAUCUGCAGGGCCAGCUGAGCAGCCAGGUGCUGGAGGCGGAGCUCGCCAAGGCCGACAUCGAGGCCCUGCUGCAGCACAACGCCCGGCUGCAGCAGGACUCGGAGAAGCACCAGAGCCUCAAAGGAGUGUACAACGCGCUGCUCAACAGGUUCAACGGGAGCGAGCGGCUGCUGAAGGAGCUGCAGGCGUCUCACAUCUCACUCACCAAACAGAGCGACGCUCUGAGGAAGAACCACGAGGCGCUGCAGCUGCAGCACGAGAAGACGGCGUCGGGGUUGGAGGAGAGAGAGGAGGAGGUCAGAUCCCUUAGUUCAGAGCUGCUGCAGAAGGACAGCGACAUCGCGGGUCUGCACGCUGACCUGAGAGCCGAGGAGGAGAAGCUGCAGGAGAAGGAUCGAGAGAGGAGAGAUCUGGAGGAGACGGUGGACGUUUUGAGGAAGGAGCUGAACAAGACGGAGCAGGCCAGGAAGGACGCCAGCAUCAAGGCGUCGUCUCUGGAGCUGCAGAAGAGCCAGCUGGAAGCGAAGCUGAAGCAGAAGGAGGACGAGCUGAGCAAACACUCGUCCAUGAUCGCCAUGAUCCACAGCCUCAGCAGCGGCCGCGCGAAGAACGACGUCAACCUGUCGCUCUGACGGGGGGAGAGGGGGACGGCGACCUGUCGCUCUGACGGGGGGAUAGGGGACGUCAACCUGUCGCUCUGAUGGGGGGAUAGGGGACGUCAACCUGUCGCUCUGAUGGGGGGAUAGGGGACGGCGACCUGUCGCUCUGACAGGGGGAUAGGGGACGUCAACCUGUCGCUCUGACGGGGGGAUAGGGGACGUCAACCUGUCGCUCUGACGGGGGGAUAGGGGACGUCAACCUGUCGCUCUGACAGGGGGAUAGGGGACGUCAACCUGUCGCUCUGACGGGGGUAUAGGGGGCGGCGACCUGUCGCUCUGACGGGGGGGGGGGGAGAGGGGGCCUGUCGCUCUGACGGGGGGAGAGGGGGACGGCGACGCUAUUUUUAGAAAGCAAAAGAAAAACUUUAAAACUUUUUUUUACUCUUAAACUAAACUGUAUUAUUAUUUUUUUAAGUUUUAAGAAUAAAUGUGUGUGUGUGUGUGUGUGAGUGAGAGAGAGAGAGAGAGAGAGAGUGAGUGAGUUAAUAUUAAAGGAACAGUGAGUCACAUUUAGGAGCAUCGAUUGGUAGAAAUGUGUUUUUUAAAUCAGCUGAAACUGAGAAUCUUUAUGUUUUAUGAUUAGCUCAGGUGUUUCUACCGAAGCCCAGAAGGGACAAACCAAACUGCGGCUCCAGAGAGACUUUCCUGUUUUUUACAUUAAAUUAAGAAGUCGGAUGGCGACUGAAAGUUAUAAUUAAACGGUGAAUAAUUAAAGAGUAUUGAUGAGCAACAAGGUUA